CCGAAACAAACAAGUGCCGGCCGGCUGCCCCAUCAUCCUUGACAGGAGCAGACUCCUUCCAUAUAUCGCCUAGCGUCCGGACUUUGGCUGCACUUGUCUUCUUCCGUUGGCCGUGGAGCACGCGCCAUGGAAUCGCUGCCGCUCUGCCUGCUGCUCCUCCCUCUCCUUGCCAUCGUCCCACUCCUCUGCCUCAACCAUCGGCGUCGGCGCCGCGCCCAUGCCGUCCGUCUUCCCCCGUCGCCAUGGGCACUCCCGGUGCUCGGCCACCUCCACCACCUUGCAUGGGACCUGCCGCACCGCGCCAUGCGCGACCUGGCGCGGCGGCACGGCCCGGUCGUCAUGCUCCGCCUCGGCGGGUUGCCGGUCGUCGUCGCCUCCUCCGCCGAUGCAGCGCGCGAGGUCAUGGUGUCUCACGACGUCGACUUCGCCUCCCGCCACAUGAGCCGCAUGGUCCGCCUGUCCAUCCCUCAGGGCGCCGAGGGGAUCAUCUUCGCGCCCUACGGCGACGAGUGGCGACAGCUCCGCAAGAUCUGCACCGUCGAGCUUCUCAGCGCCCGGCGCGUGCACUCCUUCCGCCCCGUGCGCGAGGAGGAGGCCGGCCGGCUACUCCGUGCGGUGGCGCUGUCUGCAUCGCGGGGAACGGCGAACCUCAGCGAGCUGCUGUCCGUGUAUGCCGCCGACUCAUCAGUGCGCGCCGUCAUUGGCAGCAGAUUCAAGGAUCGGGACGCGUUCCUGGCGUUGCUGCGGCGCGGGACCAAGCUGUUCGCCGGGAUGAGCUUGCCGGACCUCUACCCGUCGUCGCGUGUGGCCAUGCUCCUGAGCCGGACGCGAGGCCGGAUGAGGCAGCACCGGCAGGAAUUGGCCGCGUUCAUGGACGCCAUUGUCCGGGAGCACCAGGAGGUCCGCCGGGUUGACGACGGGGAGGAGGACCUCCUGGACGUGCUCCUCAGGAUCCAGCGGGAAGGCGACCUGCAGUUCCCCUUGUCUACCGACAACAUCAAGUCGGCCGUCGGAGACAUGUUCGCCGGGGGCAGCGAGACGGCGGCGACGACGCUGCAGUGGGCCAUGUCUGAGCUCGUUAGGAACCCGAGAGCGAUGCGGAAGGCGCAGGACGAGGUCCGGCUCGCGCUGGCCGGACAGCCCACGGUGACCGAGUCCUCGCUCGCCGAUCUAAACUACCUGCGCCUGGUGGUCAAGGAGGUGCUCCGGCUGCACCCGCCGGCGCCGCUGCUGCUGCCGCGGGAGUGCCGAAGCGACGGCUGCCGGGUCCUGGGCUACGACGUGCCCAAGGGGACCAUGGUGCUCGUCAACGCCUGGGCCAUCAGCAGGGAUCCGGUCCACUGGGAGGCCGCGGAAGAGUUCGUGCCGGAGAGGUUCGAGCGUGGCGAGGCCGCCGACUUCAAGGGGACGGACAUGGAGUACACGCCGUUCGGGGCCGGGCGGCGGAUGUGCCCCGGUAUGGCGUUCGGGCUGGCAAACGUGGAGCUCGCACUCGCCGGGCUGCUGUACCACUUCGACUGGGAGCUGCCGGGCGGAGCGGAGGCCGGCGAGCUGGACAUGGCGGAGGAGAUGGGCGUCACCGUGCGGCGGCGCCACGACCUCGUGCUUGUCCCCGUGGCGCGAGUGCCCGUGCCGCCAAAUUACAGUAGUAAUAGUUGAUAAAAAUGGUUCGGGUUCUACCUUUUGGAAAAGAGAAGGUUGAGCGAUAUGAUAUUGGUGUUGUGCCGAUUCAAGAGAAGGUUGCUCAAAUUUUAUG